GAAUUAAACAUUAAACGUAAAUAAUAAAUUUUAUAACCUCAUUUAUGAUGACAUUUGCAAAUAAGCAAAUAUAAGUAGUCAUAAAUGGUAAUAAAAUGUGACUCUGGAGACAGUAAUGAUAUAAAGUAGAUUGCUGAGUCAUUAAUUACCCCACGUGAUGAUUCCAGCCUUAGGACUGUGUGAUUGUGUUGUUUGGCCUUUUCUUACCUUCUUUCAUGAGGAAAUACUUCACCAAUAAUUCUCUCUCUGUUCCACGUAAGGCAAUAAAAAUGAUCACUUCAAUCAUCAAAUGUAAAUUGGUGUUUUUCCAGCUCUGGAUACCAAAGGGAAGGUGCUGAGAGUGCUGCUGUCCAUAGGGAAGUUUGUUGUCCUCCUGGGUCUGCUCUACAUGUUCAUCUGCUCCCUGGACAUCCUCAGUUCAGCCUUCCAGCUGGUUGGAGGGAAAACAGCAGGUAACAUCUUUCAGGACAAUGCAGUUCUGUCCAACCCAUUAGCAGGUCUGGUCAUCGGUGUUCUGGUCACUCUGCUGGUGCAGAGCUCGUCUACGUCCUCCUCUAUAGUGGUCAGCAUGGUCUCCUCUGGAUUGCUGACGGUGCAGGUGGCUGUUCCUAUCAUCAUGGGCACCAACAUCGGGACUUCCGUCACCAACACACUAGUUGCGAUGACACAAGCCGGUGAUCGCAGUGUAUUUCGGAGGUAACUAUAUUUCUUGAUACAUUUUUACUUACGACAACUUUCACUUUCAGUUCAAUGACGACCACCGACCGUAAAUAAGAUGGUCAAAGUCGGCCUACAAAUGUUAACAAUAAUUUAAGCUCUAAUUUUUGCUUAAUAAUUUAAGCAAUAAAUUAAGCUCCACUGAAUAUUUCUCCCCAUUAGUAAGAGAACAUUUGAAAGAAAGUUGAUUUAAAUCCAUAGACAA